AUGGACCCGCCAACUUCCGAAGCAGCACCGGGUUCCGGGUCUCCAGCCACCGCAAAUGGAAAUGCCACUGCAGCCAAGCCGCGUGCAACCAGGGGGAAGUACAUCUCCAAAGCAUGCGAUGGUGAUACUCAAGCCAUUCGGUCUUUGAAGGAGCAAGUUGCCUCAUUGCAGGGCGAUCUUGAACUGCUCCGUCAACAGUCUCCCCACCGGCGGUCAAGCUCACAGACACACUCUUCGCCCCAUUUCGAUGAGACUCUCAAUGCCUCUCGUGCUCGCUUGAUCUCACCAGAUUACACCGACCCAGGCAGUAAUCCUGCAAGGGCAGAUCAAGCCUUGCCCACGACUGAGCCCCCUGAAACCCAGGACAACUGCCAGCCGUCAGCAAGCUACACGUUCAACAUCAGUCUGGCCCGGACACAUCUUCGUGCGCAGGGCAUCGCCAUAUCUGAUAGUGAUAAGCAGGGUGCCUCAUCGUCUGCAGAUCGCACUCGACCGCCUUCCCCUUCCAUCCACACACCCCUGGAAUUCGGUGUCGGGUCCGUCGACCCUUUAUGGCUGAUUGAUGAGAAAGAAGCCAUCAGGCUCUGCAAUCUCUACGAGGUCGAGAUAGGCAUCCAGUAUCCUUUCCUUGACAUCACUCGCAUCAUCGAGAAUGUGCGCGUCCUUUACAGGGCCAUGGCCAGUGGUUCGCAGAACGGCUUCGCGUUCACUGCUAUGCCGGGUCCCACCGUCAUUGAUCCCUUGGAUCUGGAUUUACUCAAGAUGGUCAUUUCUGCGGGAUCAAUCGUUGAAGCAGGAGGAUCCAGCCAGCUUGGGAAAGCCCUCUUUACCGGAGUGAGGAAGUCAUCACACGACAAGUUGUGGGAGCCAGCAAGCGUCAAGAACACGAUGCUAUUCGUUCUUCUGGCUGUUUACAGCUUUCUCACUGGGGAUGACCUGCAGGCCUGGAGGCUGGUCGGCGUUUCCGCUCGCUGGUGUUUAGAGAUUGGCCUUCACCAAUCAGGCACAGUCAACAGAAUCUUCAAGGAGGUAGAGGCGCGGAAGGUAGCGCUGAGACUCUUCUGGUGUGUCUACACGCUAGACCGUCGGUGGGGCUUCGGUGCCGGCCUACCAUUCGUCAUGCAUCAUUGCGAUGUCGAUAGAAACCUGCCAGAGCCGGACGAUGACGUUCCAUACCUCAAAGCCAUGGUGGCCUACAGCCAGAUCGGCAACAAAGUCUGGUCCACAUCCUACAACUCUGCCCGGACAACAGGUGCAGUUCGGGAUGACGAGAUAUCCUAUCUGCUGUACCUGAUUGGUCAGUGGUAUGAAGAGCUACCAGAGAGUCUGAAGCUCAGCCCAAAAUGGGAAUCGAACGACUGGACAGGGUCAACAAGAGGCCCUCAACGGCUCCAGCUUUUGUUACAUCUGCGAGCGAACCAGAUGAAGAUCCUCCUCCUGCAGCCAAUCUUGCAUUCCCCGUCGAGCCUCAAGAUCAACAAAUCCAAAGUCCAAUCGCUCAUCAGAUUCGCCAAGGACACCAUUCAGAAACUGAACUCGUUGAACAAAUCCACGGACAUCUACCAGACGCAACAAAUGUGCUUCAAUCACUUCUUGGUGUCUGCUCUUGGUGUCAUCUUCUUGGUCGUGGCACUCGCACCUUCAGAGUACGGCGCCGCAGUGCGCGACGAGUUUCACAUCGCGCUAGAUCUGAUCCGCGGUCUCAGCGCCAAGUCCUACGUAUCAAGCAGACUGUGGAAGAUGGUCAGUGAUCUUCGGCUUGCGUGGAGGAAACUGGGCUUGAAUCCUCCCCAGACAAACGAGGACAGGGAGACGCGUGCCAUGCGCAGCGCAGUUGCAACUCCUCCGCCCUCUUCAAGCGGCGUCGAUAUCUCGCCUCACAACACAACGCAUCUCGACGAGGAGGAUUCAAGAGUGGGAGAGUCUGAGGUCUGGCAAACUGGGGCAAGGGAGCCCAUCAGCGACGUGCAGAUGGCACAGGAACUGAGCGAUUUCUUCAACGCGAUGGGUAGUGCGCCAGACUUUACGAGCUCAUAUCCAUUACUCGGCAUUUGUGGCGAUGCGCUUGAGUCCGCGGAGGGACAUCCUGAUGACAGUCUACCAGAGAAUGCUCUGGACUCGUCAAUGCUGAACGUGUCUCAUUUGUUUGUAGAUAUGUUAUAA